GGUCUGAUCCUGCUCUUCUACCUGAUCUUCUACUUGUUUCUGGCCGGAAUGUUUGUUCUCACCAUGUACAUCAUGCUGCUCACGCUCGACGACUACAAGCCCACCUGGCAGGACCGCCUGGUCACUCCAGGGAUGAUGAUUCGUCCGAAGGGUGAUCAGCUGGAGAUCACGUUCUCUGUGUCAGAGACUGAGAGCUGGGACGGCUUCGUCCACAACCUCAACACCUUCCUGUCUCCGUACAACGACAGCUACCAGGUUCAGACCAAUGAUUACUGUCCUCCAGAUCAAUACUUCAUUCAAGAGGACAGUGGCGAGGUGAGGAACAAUCCGAAGCGUUCCUGUCAGUUUAAUCGGACGAUGUUGGAGGACUGCUCUGGGGUCUCAGAUCGUUUCUAUGGUUACAGCAGAGGUCAGCCCUGCAUCCUCAUCAAACUGAAUCGGGUCAUCAACAUGCUGCCGGGAAAGGAGGGACAGUCUCCUUACGUCACCUGUGGAGCCAAGGUGAACUACACUCAGCCGCUGGUGGCCGUGAAGUUCCUGAACGCCUCUCUGAACACAGACAUCAACGUCGAGUGUAAAAUCAACUCCAACACUCUCGCCUCCGGCAGCGAGAGGGACAAGUUCGCCGGACGAGUUUCCUUCAAGCUGCGGAUCAAUGACAAAUAGACACGUACACACAGACACAUGACAGCUGCACAAUCCAGAUGUGUCCUGUUAAAACCUUGUGAUGCAUUCACUGACUCACAUGAUCCCGUGUAAACACACAUCUCGUGUCUUGUAAUUUUCUGUGACGUGAUCCUCCAUAUGACAGUGCAGCUUUAACCACACCCACAUCCUGAAACCUACCAAUCAGCACACGCUCUGAUGUCACUGCCACUGAGGAUUGGCAGAACGAAGAUUUAUAAUCUUUUCGAGUCAAAAACUAAACUAUUGAUCAACCUUCAGUUAAUUUAUUCAUCUUUAUUUAUUUAUUUAUCACUCAUUUGUUUAUGAAAACUUUAACACAAUGUUAAAAUUAUUAUGUAAACAUCAGGUAUGACUGACUCUGAUUGGCUGUUCAGGGACAGGUGGUAAACCAGAUCACAGUCCAGUUCAGGGUCUGUUCUACGAAGCAGGUUCAACAUAUCCAGAAUCUCUUUCAGUUAUCCAGCUGAACUUAACCUAACAAUCACAGUCAGGCUAAGUGGUGACAUGACGCUGGUUUCAACUCGUUAAGUUAACUCAGGUUUUCCUACCUAUAGUAAAAGUGUUCUGUCGUUAACAAGAGUGGGUUAGGGUUAGCUUCUGAAUAUGAAGUCCUUUGUGUCUCCAUCACAUCAUUGACAUGUAUCGUCACUGUGUGGGACAGUUCUAGUCUUUCAGGUGAGACCCUGGUGGCUUCAAGCUCAGCUGGAGAGGAAAUAAAACACACAGAUAUACUGUAAAGAAGGAAGUAGACUGAUUUUCAAAUCUUUACAACAGGUACAACAUUUCUAUUUCUACUGUAUAUUGAUAUUAGUACACACAUGUACAAUGAAAUGGCUUUUUACAUGUCUGCAUGGACAGAUGUUCAGGGAACACAGUGUUUUUGUUGAGCUCCUCUGCAUCAGCCACAGUGAACAGGUAACACGUGAAGUACAUGUAGACAGUCUGUGGUACUGUGAGUACUUUGCUCCCAGGGGUCAGGUUGGUUCUGUUGAAGCUCCAGCAGCUGACAAAGGUUCAUCCUCUGAGGAGAAUCUAGAUCUUUCAGAAACUCCUCAGAGGAUCUCAGAGGAUCUUGUGGGUCUCUGAAGACCCUGGUCCUCCUCAGAGACUCGAUCCACAGCAGCUCCACGGUAAGAACAUGAUGUCAUGGUUCAAAGGAAGCAGGUCAGCUGUUCAGCAUCAGUUACCAUGGUGAUUUCACCGAUAAGAAAUGAACCAGCUCUGUAGGACUGAAAACUCUGAAUUAUACCUGAAGUUUCCACAAAUCCUGCUUUGUAGUACAGACUACUGAAACUGGUCUGUCUGGCUAACAGCAUCUGUUAUGGGUGUGACAUUUCUUUUUUUUUCUGUGAUGCCACAGGGGAUUGGCUUAUUAGCUAAUUGGAUAAAUAAUUAGUAAUCAAUGUUAGGUGGUUAUAGUUAGUUAGUGGGUUAGUUAACUUUUUCUUUUGAUUUGUUUAGGUGUUUGUUUUCUUUUACCAUUGUUAUCAUGGGGCUGAGCAUGACGACAGGUUACCAUGUGACACACUCGUCUCCUCACCUGUCAUGCCACAGUUAAAAGUCAUAUGUCCUUACUUGUUUGUGACUGGAAGAUUUCUCCUGCCUGAAAACUG